AGGAGGUGGAGGAGGGAGUUUGGUUCAAACCAUGCUGGCACCGCUCAAUAUUUACCCCUUUUAUUACCACCUUUCCGUGCCAAUGUACAUGUCCCCGCGUUCUCGGACGACAAACAGUCGGGAGUGACAUCCAGCCGCGGCCCGGGCCGGCCGGCGGCCGGGACUCCCGCACUCUGCCGGGCACCGCGAAGGGCACACGGCGGGGCACCGAGGGCUCCACCGGGAACCUCCUCCCCAGGGAGCUCCGCCGGCGCCGCCGGCCAUUCUGAUAGACUUUCACACCCUGUGGUGCUGGGCUUAGCGUUAUGGCUCAGACACUGCAGAUGGCGAUCCCUAACUUUGGCAACAACGUCCUGGAGUGUCUGAACGAACAGCGACUUCAGGGCCUAUACUGUGACGUCUCUGUGGUCGUCAAGGGUCAUGCUUUUAAGGCCCAUCGCGCAGUACUAGCAGCCAGCAGCUCUUACUUCCGGGAUCUGUUCAACGCUGGGGGGAAGAGCUCGGUAGUGGAGUUGCCUCCAGCUGUGCAGCCUCAGAGCUUCCAGCAGAUCCUGGCCUUUUGCUACACGGGACGCCUCAGCAUGAAUGUUGGAGACCAGUUUCUGCUCAUGUACACCGCUGGCUUCCUCCAGAUCCAACAGAUAAUGGAGAAAGGAACAGAGUUUUUCCUUAAGGUCUCCUCUCCAAGCUGUGACUCCCAGGGCCUCCAGGCCGAGGAGGCUCCUUCCUCUGAACCUCAGAGUCCCGUCACUCAGACGGUGGGAGGGGGCGGAGUGGGCGUGGGAAGACCUGCUCCGUGUCUGACGCCCCUCUCACUGGUGUCAAAAGUGAAGAUUGAACAGACAGCUACGACACCUCAGCCAGUUCCUCAGCAGCAGCAGCAGGAGGGCUCACCCUACUCUGUAGUCUGCACCCCCGUGGCCAAACGGUUAUGGGAAGGGGGAAACCGAGAUGGUGGAGGGGGGUCUGGAGGAGGCGGCGGAGGUGGAAUGAGAAAGGCUGCACGCUACUCUUCCUCCUCUUCUUCUUCCAACACAGUAAUGCAGGAUGCCUCUGGUCGUGGACAAACAGCUAAUGCUGGGAUGGCGGGCAGUGGCAGUCAAACGUUAGUGGGAGGAGCUGGACUCAACAAUAACCAUAACAAUAACAACAACAAUGGCGGCACCCCUGAGGGCACGAGCCCGGGCACACUGAGUAUGUAUACCAGCGACUCGCCCAUCAGUUACCAUGACGAUGAAGAAGAGGAUGACAUAGCAGACGAGAGUGCUGAAGAGCAGUACAGACAGAUCUGCAACAUGUACACCAUGUACAGCAUGCUGAACGCCGGAGCAACAGUGGUUGGGGAGCGGGUGGAGGCUCUGCCAGACAUGGCUCCUGAUUCAGGAGGUGGGCGAGGGGGCAGAGGAGGGCGGUCCCGGCAGGACCUGGCAUCGCUACCCGCCGAGCUUAUCAACCAGAUCGGGAACCGGUGCCACCCAAAGCUGUACGAGGAAGGGGACCCUGCCGAGAAAUUGGAGUUAGUGAGUGGCACCUCCGUCUUCAUCUCCCGCGCACAGCUCAUGAACUGCCACGUCAGCGCUGGCACCCGCCACAAAGUGCUGCUCCGACGGUUGCUGGCAGCGUUCUUUGACAGGAGCACUCUGGCUAACAGUUGUGGAACUGGUAUCCGCUCAUCAACUAAUGACCCUAGCCGUAAACCUCUGGACAACAGAGUGCUGCAUGCCGUUAAAUUCUACUGCCAGAACUUUGCACCGAGCUUCAAGGAGAGCGAGAUGAAUGCCAUUGCAGCCGACAUGUGCACCAACGCCCGUCGCGUCGUCCGCAAAAGCUGGAUCCCCAAGCUUAAACUGCUGAUGGCCGACAGUGACGCCUACUCUGCCUUCCUGGCUGACAGUGUGAAGAUGGAGGGCGACGCACUGGGGGCGGAGCAAGGGUUUGACCCGGCUUCGCUGGAAGCUGUUGCAGCAGCAGCAGCAGCUGCUAACAAUAGUGAAGCAGGAAGUGGAGCCAUGCCAGCAGACAGCAUCCCAGGGGCAGGAGGAGAUGGCAGCACUUUGUUUUGAGUGAGUGAUCAGACAGAUGGAUAAAAUGGACAGAUUGAUGGAAGGAGGGAUGGCAUUUCUCUGGGAUAAUGAGUCGAGAAGGUUGGGCACUGUGGUCCUGAUGACAGUUAUCACUCCUCAUCCAGCUGCCAUGUGUUUGGGACCUGUAUCUUCUCUUACACCUCUUAAGGUCACUUUGUUGUGCUUUCUUUCCUUUGUUUUGUCGAGAUUUCGGUCUCUCUCUACAGCCCAGAAUGUUCCUCACUGUGCUUCUGGUGGAGAGAGACGGAAAGACAUGGAGUCAUAGAGAAAGGAGUGAAGAGGUCAGAAAUAAGUCCCCCUCACCUCUUCAUUCCUACGCAAUCUUUUUAGAGCUUAUUGUUUCAGCCUAUUCUUUAAUGUUUUGUUGUGUAUCGUCACUAAGGCCCUUUUUUCUUACCAUAAUCAAUCACAGACAUUCCCUGGGGAGGAGGGCAGUAAUCCUGUUUGAAAAAAAGUGAUAUUUCCUCCCCGAAACUCCGGUAACACUGUUGUUUUGAUAGUUGAAUGUAUGCGUGGCAAGGCAUCCAAACCGCAGCGUUGUAAGUCAGCGGAGACUGAGUGAGAAUGUGCUGAGCCCGUUUCGUUUGUUAAUCGUUUUCCUAAAUAUCAUCUGAACAUUGCGAUGAGAGCUUCUCUGAAAGUAUGGUGCUGAUGAGGUGAGGGGUUAAAAUAAUUACUGAUAUAUUGGCAUAGUUCAUGAUCUCCUGGACCUCCGCGUGUCCCUGCCAACUCUAGCUGGGAAUGCUGGGAAACUGUCCCACCGGUCUCAAAACAAUUUGCUACUGAGUUCUGAUUCAGGCAGCAGCAUUUUUAUUUGGCUGAUGUGUUCUCAAAUUUGUCAGCCAGCUAAGGAAAAAGUACAAUUUGCUUGACUGAAAACUGUUCCUUUCAACCCUUUCCGUGCUUUGCAACCCUUGAAAAAACAAAACAAACAAACAGUUUGUUUACUUUUUCAGUUCCAAGGCUCCUGAUGUGAGGGGAAAUUUGUUACUCGCCGUUACUUGUCAGAGUUUGCGUGAGAUAAAUGCACUGUGUUAUUUCUUGCGAUAUGAGUACAAUCGAAAUAAGUUUGUGUACGUAUCAGAAGAAGAAAAGGGUGUUUUUAUUUUAAAAAGAUUUUUUUUAAAGGAAAAAAUAGAUAUAAUCCUAUUUCUAUCUCUGUUUAUCAUGCUUUUUUUUUUCUUUUUAAGAAAAUCAGAUGGAAAAUCAAGAACUAUGUAUAAUCAAGUUUCUUCCUGUGAGCUUCCUAGCUAGGUUUAUGUGUGUGCGAGGAUUAAUUUCAGAUCAUGUUUAAAUUGAUUUCCCUGAUAAUAUUUGCACCAUACCGUUCCCUCAGCCGCUGCUGCCUUGUUCUGUGCUUGCCUGGACUUGACUUAACCGCUAAUUCAAGCAAUGGUAGAUGGCAAAGAAUACAACUGUGUGUGUGUGUGUGUGUGUGUGUGUGUGUGUGUGUGUGUGUGUGUGUGUGUGUGUGUGUGUGUGUGUGUGUGUGUGUGUGUGUGUGUGUGUGUGUGUGUGUGUGUGUGUGUGUGUGUGUGUGUGUGUGUGUGUGUGUGUCGGCCAAAGAGAGAGUGGGACGUCAGACAGUGUGUUUUCACGCACGCUUAGUCGAUUCAUUCUCCCUUCAGUGCAGUGAGCACGCUUACACACUAAUACGCAUUUGAGCGCCGUCAGCUGCAUCGGGCAUGGCGCACCAGAGCAGCGUGGGAAUUAAAGAGUAAUUACACCGGAGCAUACCUGAGAGGCUGCAGUGCAAUUCAUGUAAGCAAUCAGUUCAAAUAUAAUGGUGUUUCCGGUGGCUGCAGAAUUUAAGAGUUCCUCUGAAGUGACUGAAAGUUAAAGGUCAUGGCCUUAAACCAGGCUUUUAAGAUUUCUUUUUAAUGGUACAGAUGAUAUCUAUAAGGAAGAUGGUACUUGAUAAAAAUAACAGACAAUAGCAUAAAAACAAUCCUCUUAAGUCAAUCUAGUCACAUUCCUAUUUAAUCUUUUUUUUGGCCAAAUGGUAGAAUUUAUAAAAAAGAAGAAGGAACAAGGACACAAUAUUAGAUAUUUUACUUGGUCGUUAGUAACCAAUUUAAUGGUUUUAACAAAUGAUGAAAUUGUCUUUACACCAGAUUUAAGUAGGAUUCCCAUUUUUUUUUAUGUAAGUUAUAGCACAAUAUAUAAUGCAAGCCAAAUGUAUGCAGUCUGGUCCUUAUUUGAGAUUUGGUCUUUGUUCACACUUCCUGCUACCCCUCAGUAUGUAUUUGCGAAGAAGACACUACGUGAUUCAAAUUAAUAUUUCGUAUUUACAGUAUUUUAAUGCCCUAAUAGUGCAAAUCCAAAUCAAGGACACUGUUUCUAAUUUGCGGCAGGACAUUGUGUUCCCUUCUA